AUGUCCUUUAACACACCAUUUUACGACUUUUUUGACGCUAUCAACAACGAAGUUAAUUCAUUCAGCAGAUUGCUUGACAAUACUGGCUACAAUGUGUACGACUCAUCUGCUCGCAAUGCCCAGCUCCCAAGCACUGAUAAGCAAGUUACGAGAGCUGGGAAGAAUAAUCAAAUUACACAUUCUAAAGCUGCGCCAUUGACUGCUUUGGAUGAUUGGUUCGAAAAUGAUUGGCCAUUAAUUCCAGAAGCCGUCGGUAAAUCUAGUUUCGUACCUCCAGUCGACAUUUUGGAUCAUGACAAGAAUUACGAAGUCACUGUUACUGCACCGGGUGUCAAGGAUAAGAAAGAUAUCAAUUUAGAAUAUCACAAGGAAAGAAAUCAAAUCGUUGUUUCUGGUGAAAUUCCAUCCACUUUCGAUGAUUCAACAAAAGAUAAGUUGAAAGUUCAGGAACGGUUCUCGGGUAAGUUUAAGAGAAUUAUCUCGCUUCCUGACUACCCUGGUAUCGACGCUGAUAAUAUCAAAGCAGAUUAUUCGAACGGUAUCUUGACUUUGACUAUCCCCAAGUUGAAGCCUUCCAAGGAUGGGAGUGGCAUUCAAAAGAUAGAGAUUUUCUCACAAGAAUCCAGUAAUAAGAAAUGA